AUGCCUCCAAAAUUCGAUCCUUCCGAGGUCAAGAUCAUCUACCUCCGUGCCACUGGUGGUGAAUUGGCUGCUUCUUCGGCAUUGGCCCCCAAGAUUGGUCCUCUUGGUUUGUCGCCCAAGAAGGUUGGCGAAGACAUCAUGAAGAACACUAAGGACUGGAAGGGUCUCCGUGUCACCAUCCAGUUGACCAUCCAGAACCGUCAGGCUCAGGUUGCCGUUGUCCCUUCGGCCUCGUCAUUGGUUAUCAAGGCUCUUAAGGAGCCCCCACGUGAUCGCAAGAAGGACAAGAACAUUAAGCACACUGGUAACAUUGCUCUUGAAGAUAUCAUUGAGAUUGCCCGCACUAUGCGCUUCAAGUCGUUCGCUCGUGAGUUGAGCGGCACCGUUAAGGAAAUCCUCGGUACUGCCAACUCUGUCGGCUGCACUGUCGACGGUCAGAGCCCCAAGGAUCUUUGCGACGCCAUCGAUGCCGGUGAGGUCGAAAUUCCCGAGAAAUAAGCGUCUUUCUUUUUCAACGGGGAUAACAAUAAAAAAGUUGACAUAUUCGACAAAUUCAAAA